AUGAACUCUCUCGACAAUGAGGCAAGGCCGGUUUUCAGGCGCUUUAGUCACAAACACCCGUUGGAACUUACCAACUUCAGUGGAGCUGGCACUGCAGUAUGCUCGGCCUGCAGCAUUCAGCUAAUAGCUGGCAAGGAUUACUACACUUGCGGAGCCUGUCCCUUCUCUCUUCACCGUCCUCGCUACAACAUGCCUGAGCUGGUCCAGCACCCAGCAGAUACCGGCCAUGACUUGAAGCUCCUACUCACGCCGUGCUUUCACUGCAGAGCUUGUGGACACCAACGGGCCGGUUCCUCUUAUCACUGCCACUUGUGCCAAGUCCAGUACCACUCCUUGUGCUUGCUCAUGCCGCUUGCAAAGCGGAGUCAUUGCCAUCCCCAUGAGUUGCAUCUGAAGUUCUCUCCUCCUUAUGGCGAUUCUCAGGGCUUCUGCUGUGACCUCUGUGGCAAUCCCGGUUCUGACCGCUGGCUUUACCGAUGUGAUGCCUGUGAGUUUGACAUACACCUCAGUUGCUCCUCUGCUGCUUCAGCACCAAAUGUCCCCUUCCCCCCUUCUCCAACACGCCCCCCCAACCUCCUGCAGUCCCUGCAAACAAUGGGGAUCCACAUGUUGUCGAUCACGGGCACUCAGUUUAAAUGA